AUGAGCGUCGUCCAGACGAACGUGUUUGCUCCUCGCUUCGACUCGACGACGGCGAGCAACACGGUCGCCCCUCCGACGCGAAGUGUGUCCGAGCUGCUCACGUCCAGACCAGCGUCGUGCUCGUCGCUGCCGCCGUCUCAGCACUAUGUCGUAUUUUGCAAGGCGAGUCGUGGCGAAAUCCGCUCUUCUCAAUCCCUCGCUGACCCUGUAUUAAUCCCUCCUUUCGAUAGCAGAUCGUGUUGCAGAGGCGGCUACGCAACAUGUUUGGCCUGACCGGCUUCGCGGCCUAUUGUCUGCUCUUGCUCGCCGUGUUUGAUCCCAAACAACUUCCAGGUUUGUCAGGGUCAGGAGAGAAAAAGCUGCUCGCGUUAUGUGCUCACUAUCAUCUCGUCUUGUUCGCAGGCUCGCUCGUCAACUUUGGUCCGGUGUUGCUCUUCUCCCCCGUCGUCUUCUUCGGCGCACUCCCGCUCUUCAUACAUCGCAAGAGCACCAUCAGCAGUCAGUUUCAAACACCUGGUACUCUUAUGAGUAUAUCGCUCCAGUCCUGACCUCUAUAGCACCCGAUCUGCUUCUCCAAAGCCGCGAUCCCAUCAGCUUCGACCCCAUUCGCUCAACUCGAGUCGCUGCGACGGCCGAAUGCCGUCACGACCUUGAUCGUCUACCUCGUCGCCGUUGCACCCAUUCACUUCUCCUACGUGUGGUGCACGAGCUAUACAUCCCGCGAACCGCGGCUCGGAUGGUUGUUCUAUCACUCUGGGUCGGUCAGCGUUUUCCGCUGCGAAAGAUGCCUGAGCAUUGGCCUGACCCAUGCUAUCACCCUUCAUCAGUCGUGAUGCGUACCAAAUCAACGAGAGGCGGAUACUGUUGCUGCUGUUGCAUCUCACCCUCGCUGCCUGUGCAACCUUCGACCACGUCGUCAACUCAAAGUCGAGGGUUCAGUUUGAUGAUGGAUCGGCGGUCAGUAGGGGUCCAACAGUCGUGGUCGGUGUAGAAGUCAACAAGUUCAAACUUGUGAUCUCGUUUCACACAGCGUCCUAUCCCGCAACGGUUGGCGAAAAGAGCUCAAGCUAGACUCCCCACCGUUAUGCGCUCCGUCCUCAUAAGCAACGCCCUCUUCUACUCGAGCUACAUCGUCCUGCGCCGGCCAGUGCUCAAGUUUUUCGUCGUUAACUUUGCUGGACCUUGGGCAAGGUCGGUAGAUGGACUACAACGAUGUUCAGGCAGGGGGAUUGCUCAACUCACAUCAUCAUCACUUGCGCUACAGACCGUACCUCUACUCACUCCUCAAGCACAACGCAGCCUUUUCGCUCACCCUCGCCAGUCGGUCGCUGAUGAGCUCGCUGCUCGUCUUUGGUGUCUGGGAGGCGGCUCACGUCUGCUUCGACGUGUAUGCGAGUCAAGUGAGUCUAUCGCGGGUAGAAGUCUCGGUUUAUGGGAGUCAUCUCAUCAAUCCGCUUUAUCUGCCUGGAUUCUCAGCCCCUCAACAUCUCGCAUUUCUCGGUCAACCCCAACCAAUGUCUCUUGUCGGGUCUUCGGAAUACGGAUGCAUACUAUCAGGUGAGACGCACGAGUGUCGACAAGUGGUCUUGCCAAUCGACUGAUCCUUCCCUGUCGGGUUUUCAUUAAAGCAAUUCGCCUUCCUCGAGCUCGAGAACAUCACCCUGACGAGUCCAGAGAGGAGAAAGGCCAUCUUCACCGACAUCAAAGCCGACAAUGCUCAAAGAGGAGCAUGGGCCGAGAUCUCGAGGGAGUGCUUGUUGCUGAUCGGGAAGGAGUUGCAAAGGGCAAAGGGGAGAGGCAAGGUGCAGAGUAAGUUUGUGUGGUGCUGCAGUAGGCGCAAAUCACACAGGCUGACGAUAAAAUCUCGCAGGCCCGCCGUCCACAACAUCGAGUCCAUCAACCUCGACUCCGACCUCAAGUCAUUCCGGCUCGAGCGUCCCCGUACGCAACGAGAACGUCUUCCAGCCGACGAAGAAGACAUUCCUUGAUACUCUCGCUGGACCAUCCUCGGCACCAGCACCUACGGCUAGAUCGACAGGCGUUUCGACGACCUCUUCUUCCUUGUCUACAUCGACGACGACUUCUCGAGUGCCUUCCAUCUUCCAAACGCCGACGACAGCUGCGACGUCGUCGAUCUCUGCAGCGGGGUCAUCAGUUGCUUCCGCCGUUUCGGGAACGCUCUCGUCGUCGACGAUUAGCGCUACCAAGUCUUUGGAAGCGAGAUUGAGCUCUUGGAUCCCCACGCCUUGGCAAGGGUCGAUGUUCACGACGCUGCCGACACAUGUCGUGGACGUGUGCGUUGCAAGGAGGAGAGAGGUCGUUGGUGCGAUACAUGGUGAGUGCACCCGAUGCGCUUCGUCGUCGUCGUGCGCUGCAUUACUUACACAAUUUACCUACACAGCUCUCUCCAAUCUCCUAUGCGCUUCACUGAAGGAAGACACGUACGGCGUCGCGCAACGCGACAUCCCACGCGUGCUCGAGGCUUUCGUCCUCUACCUCAACACAUUGGACGUCCUCGCUUCCAGUCUGUCAAGCACCGCGGAGGCAAGCAGUAGUAAAAAAGCGAAGGAGCAGCUACAGACGAGGAUCUCGGAAUCGAUUGGGCAGGUCCAAUUAGGUAGGUGAAGAUGAGCCCGCAGCCUCACAAUCAGGUGCUUCUUUGUGCUGACCGUGUCUGCGGCGUCAAUACCCAUACCUACAGCUUUGAGGGAAGGGAUUCGAGAGAUCCUAGCGGAGUUCGAGCCGUUCCUUGCUACUGAAUUCCGUGAGCCCCUUGAAGACCCGAGACGUCGAGUCGAGUUGCCGCCUUGCGGAUGCUAACUUUAGGAAUUCCUUUGGUUCUCAGGUUUCCCGACCAAUGUUGCGCAUCGAUUGCAGCUAAUUGCGGAUUGGGGUUGA